UCCGUAUCGUACGAUGAGUGGGACUACCCCCUGACAGAAAGGGUGACGGAUGGCGUUGGGAUCAUAACAACAGCUGCUUCUGCCAUGAUGGAACAAUAUGGAUACAUUCCGGAAGCAAAAACAAGUUGCUAUGGCCAACUGGAGAGGAAAGUUCUUCCAUUCCUUUCACUGCACAAGUUUAUGAUGAACGUGACCUGGAAUGGCAAAGAUCUCUCCUUCACACGCGAUGGAUACCAGGCCAACCCUAAACUUGUGGUGAUUGUACUAAACAAGGAACGCACCUGGGAAAAGGUUGGAAAGUGGGAAAACCAAAGUCUAGCACUAAAAUAUCCAGUGUGGCCAAGAUUUAAUUCCUUUGCAGACAGUGAGGUAGAUGACAGCCACCUCACUAUCGUCACUUUGGAGGAAACCCCGUUUGUCAUUGUGGAGGACGUGGAUAAGUUGACUGGAACCUGUGCGAGAAGCAACGUGCCAUGCAGGAAAAAUAUCAAAGCUGUCAAUUCCACCGACAAGGGGAUCUAUGUGAAGAAAUGCUGCAAAGGAUUUUGCAUCGACAUAUUAAAGAAACUUGCAAAGGCUGUGAAAUUCACGUAUGAUCUGUACCUGGUGUCAAAUGGGAAGCAUGGCAAAAAAAUCAAUGGUGUAUGGAAUGGAAUGGUUGGUGAUGUGAUGUAUCAAAGAGCAGCUAUGGCUGUCGGUUCGCUGACCAUUAAUGAAGAGAGAUCCGAAGUUGUUGACUUCUCGGUACCGUUUGUGGAAACAGGAAUCAGUGUCAUGGUAUCUCGGAGCAACGGCACAGUUUCCCCCUCUGCAUUUUUAGAGCCCUUUAGUGCUGCUGUGUGGGUCAUGAUGUUUGUCACACUGCUCAUUGUGUCUGCUAUUGCAGUUUUUGCAUUUGAGUACUUCAGCCCAGUAGGGUACAACAGAAAUUUGGCAAAAGGCAAAGCUCUGCAUGGUCCAUCAUUCACAAUUGGCAAAGCAAUAUGGCUCCUUUGGGGCUUAGUCUUCAACAAUUCUGUGCCUGUAGAGAAUCCGAGAGGAACGACAAGUAAAAUAAUUGUCUCAGUAUGGGCGUUCUUUGCGGUGAUAUUUCUGGCCAGUUAUACUGCCAAUCUGGCUGCUUUUAUGAUCCAGGAGGAGUUUGUGGACCAAGUGACUGGACUCAGUGAUAAAAAGUUUCAGAGGCCGUAUGAUCAUUCGCCACCUUUUCGAUUUGGCACUGUUCCGAAUGGCAGCACUGAGAGAAAUAUUCGAAAUAAUUACCCUGAUAUGCAUGCCUAUAUGUCCAAGUACAACCAGAAAGGAGUACAAGAUGCCUUGGUCAGCCUGAAGACUGGAAAGUUGGAUGCAUUCAUAUAUGACGCGGCGGUGCUCAAUUACAUGGCAGGACGGGAUGAAGGCUGCAAACUCGUAACAAUCGGCAGUGGAUAUGUCUUUUCGACCACUGGUUACGGAAUAGCUUUGCAGAAAAGCUCACCUUGGAAACGUCAGAUUGACCUGGCUCUCCUGCAGUUUGUUGGUGAUGGUGAAAUGGAAGAGCUGGAGAGUUUGUGGCUGACUGGAAUCUGUCACAAUGAGAAGAAUGAAGUGAUGAGCAGCCAGUUGGAUGUUGACAAUAUGGCGGGGGUGUUUUAUAUGCUGGCUGCCGCUAUGGCACUGAGCCUGAUCACCUUUGUGUGGGAGCACUGGUUCUAUUGGAGCCUAAGGCACUGUUUCAUGGGAACCUGUUCUGGAAAACCAGGCCUUCUUUUCUCAAUCAGCAGAGGAAUCUGGAGCUGUAUACAUGGUGUUCCCUAUGAGGAAAAGAAGAAAUCACCCAACCUGGAUUUGAACAGUCCUCAAACAAAUAUUCUGAGGCUUUUUAACACGUCAAAAACAAUGGCCAAUAUGUCAAAUCUGAACGCUUCAAGAGCAAACUCCCCUAAAAGAACUUCCAAUUUCAUUCAAAGAGGGUCUUUACUGCUUGAUGUGGUUGAUCAAAAGGGAAAUUUCCUCUAUUCUGACAACAGGCCCUAUCAACCCAAGGAGAUGGGCUUCACUGAUAACACCGGCGAAAUGAUGACAUUUAACGUCAACAGGCAGAAAGAUAACCGUAACAAUUAUAUACUCCAAGGGCAGCAUCCACUGACUCUAAAUGAAGCAAAUCCCAACACCGUGGAGGUUGCAGUUAGCUCUGAUACUCCUAAACUUAACUCCAGGCCGAGGCAGCUGUGGAAAAAAUCUGUGGAAACAUUGCGGCAAAAUCAGGGGUCAGUAGUAGAAAGUGUCAAUGUAGAGCCCAAGCAACCUGUUAAAAACCAGAGGUACCUUCCAGAGGAAGUUGCCCAUUCAGACAUGUCUGAUUGUUCAAGCCGCACUACAUCCUACAAGGAUCCUGACAACAAUCAGAAGCAUCACAAACAUAAAGAAACCUUCAAGAAGAAAUCCAUGAUGGCCAAGUAUCCUCGCGACUGCAGUGAAAUAGAACUCUCUUAUCUUAGAGCAAAGGAGAGCCAGCUACACCAUCGUGACAAAGUCUACACCAUUGAUUCUGACCGGGAGUCCAGUUAUCAUUCAGAUCAGCAUCAUUACCGAGAAAAUGUAGCAAUUCCAGAGGAUCUGGACUAUCCUCCGGUGUAUCAUGAUCAGAAUGAGAAUUACAGGAAACAGGAAGCAGUUCUGCACCUAAACAGGACUCCUCAGCAUAAUGAGGACAACCUUACCAAUGCUGAAAAUAAAUACAGCCUGUAUAAUAAGCACUACAGCUUGAAGGAGAAAAAUCUUUCCCCUGUAGAUUACAAUGAUAGGUACAAACAGCCCGUUGCCCACUGCAGAAGCUGCCUGUCCAAGCUGCCUAACUAUACACCUCACUACUCAGUCAGGUCUCCGUAUAACAGAUGUGAUGCUUGUGUACACACAGCAAACUUGUAUGAUAUUAGUGAAGAUCACAUGUUGCAAGAGCCAGUAAGCCCCAUGUGUCCUGAAGAAUCCUUUGUCCACCACUGGGCAGGUUCUGAAGCCUCCAACAUGCAAAAAGUGAACAGGCUGAGGAUUAGCAGACAGCAUUCAUUUGACAAUAUCCUCGAGAACCCUAAAGAAGUGGAUCUUGGAAGGCCUGCCCGAAGUGUAAGCUUGAAAGAAAAGGACAGAUUUCAGGAUGACCCUUAUGCACAUGUAUUCAAUAUUAAGCCAGAGAAACUCUUUAGCACCAAGGUUUCUGUUUUUGACCAUAAUCUUGAAGAGAGCAAGCGGAGUAAGUCAUUGUAUCCAGACCACGUCUCUGAGAAUCCAUUCUGGCAUUCCUUUCGUGAAGAUCAGCAUUUGGUCCACGGGCGAAGUUCUUCUGACAUAUAUAAACAAUCGGCUGCAUCAAAGAUAGGGCUGACUGGCCUUUCCUACUAUCUGAUGGCAAAGGAGCAACAGAAAAGAGAUACAUGUUGAUGAUCAUACCAACUG